GCUUUAAAUAGAACUCUGUGCCGGAGUCCAGAAAGGUUGGGGUCUCUGGAACCAUUCAGAUAGUCGUACGAUCGUCGAUGUCAGUGGGUUUCUGUUUCUUUCUCUAUGGCUGCUGCUAAACCAGACUCCAAACCUUUUUUCUCUCUGGAGUCCUACCAUGUCUCCGAAGAGCUUGGCUUCAUCCUCCCUGAUCCUCUGGAAGAGCUUCCACCUUACUACCAGCCAUGGAUGGAUAUUGCCCUGCGAGUCCCAGAGCUUGUGCACUCUCACGAGUUGCGCUUCCAUAUUAACAAAAUGCCGCAGCUGAGCAGCCAGUUUCUGCUGAAACAUCGUGAGUUACGCUUGGCCCACCUGGCCCUCAGUGUGAUGACCAUGGGCUACACCUGGCAGGAGGGAGAGAACGACACAGUGGAGAUGCUACCACAUAACCUGGCGGUCCCAUACUGGGAGGUGUCACAGCGUUUAGGGCUUCCCCCAAUUCUCACCCAUUCAGAUGCAGUACUGGCUAACUGGAGGAAGAAGGAUCCAGAGGGUCCUUUUGACAUGGAGAACCUGGAACUGCUGUUAAGUCUCCCAGGUGGAGACAGCACCCAAGGUUUCUUUUUGGUCACUCUGCUGGUGGAGCUGGCAGCAGUCACUGCAUUGAGGAACAUUCCCACUGUGAUCAAUGGUGUCAGGGUUGGAGACACUGAGACUGUGGCCAGAGCCCUGGAGGACAUCAGCCAGUCUAUACAGGACAUGAAAGAUAAACUUAAACUGAUGCAAGUUUACGUGGAGCCUUCGGUAUUCUAUGGCAUUAUGAGGAUCUACUUGUCUGGGUGGAGAGACAACCCCAGUAUGCCCAAUGGGCUGGUUUAUGAAGGGGUCCAGGCAGAGCCCAUGGAGUAUUCAGGUGGCAGUGCUGCACAGAGCAGCCUGCUGCACUGCUUUGAUGAACUUCUGGGAGUCAAACAUGAAGCAAAAAGUGGUGCCUUUCUAACCCGCAUGAGAGACUACAUGCCACCUGCCCACAAGCUGCUGAUCCAGGACAUCUCGUUGCAAUCCUCCCUGAAGAGUUUUGUCCAGCAGCAGGCUAGCGAGAGGCUAAAUCAGGCCUUUCAGCACUGUGUCGAAAAUCUGUUGGCUCUGCGCAGCUACCACAUCAAUGUUGUCAGCCGCUUCAUCACUGUACCUGCUGCCCGCGCCCGACAACUGAGAAACCAGAGCCUGGAGUUAGAGGCGGAGAUGAUCAGCAGAGCACCGACAGCGUUAGAGGAGAGGGGCACCGGGGGCUCUGGCAUCAUGACCUUCCUGAAGACUGUGAGAGACCAAACAAAAGACACUUUGCUGCCUGAGACGGACAAAUAAAUGAAGCACCACAGCUGAUCACCUCGCCAGUCUGCUUACCAGCAACACUGCUCUCCUUGUCUACCCUGCUCAACAGCAAACCCCGGAUCAACUCUCCAAACUUUCACUGUACUCACUUCUAAGUAAAGCGGCUUGUGAAGUUUUCAAAACAUCUGUCCGAGUUCUGCUUUUAGGUCGAAAAUCCAAGCUAAUCAAUAACUAGCCCACAAGGCUUUGUGGCUGUUAUUCAUUGUGGUUUAGGAAGGAACUGACUUUUAGUAGCCUACCUUGAAAAACUACCUGAUUCUGAACAUGUAAUAUUGGUAGAUUAGAGAAGAGAGCUUGACAGAGCAUUAAAAGAACUCCCAAUCUUUAAGAAAUGCAUCUACACUUUACAGCGCAGUUAACAAGUACCAGACUUUGUUGUGAACAGUUUCAUGUAGGAACUAUGGUUGAAGGAAAAUAGUUCCUACAUGGAACUGCCCACAACAAGUACUGUUGAUUAUCUUGAGUAACCAUGUCACUAUUUCUAAAAAGAGACAUUACUGUUGAGCGCUUUGAGCAACACAAGCUGAGUGCCAUAUAGUCCAAUUAUAUUUGAUAGAAGACAGCCAUCUAUAUGGCCUAUAUCUACAAAACUAAACUUAGAUUUUGGGGAGAACUGUCCCUUUAAAUUAGCAUUUAAUUAUUUUUUUUAUUUUUUUCGGGAUCAGUGGAAUAAAUGGAAUUCUAACUUUUGUUUAUUCUUUUACGUUUGCUUUAAGAUGAGAUAAUCCUUUAUUAGUCCCACAGCGGGAACAUUUGUUGGUUUAUACUACUAUUGUUUGUAAUCACUUAGAUAUUUAAAUUGAAAUAGUAACAUUAAGGAGAGCAUGUUGCCUUUCUAGUCGAAAGAGCUACCUUUGUACUUUCAUUUGAGUGGUAAAUGCUCAACGCUAAAUCUUUUGUUGCAAGUUCAUUGCUAACUUACACAUCCAGCAGGCAUGGAGUAAAGCUCAUUUGGAGUCUUGUUCUGGCCACCUGAUGAAUGUUGGUCCGAUAUUCUCUCGCCUUUUAGCUUUGUUUUGGUUUCCCUCAACUCCUGAAAAAAACAUCUGUCUCUUCGCUCUUCGCUCUUCAUUCUGCCAUUUGGUGCUGGUGGCAUAGAGUGAGAUUAUUGGAGCUUUUUCGAUUAAAAACAGCUGCCUGCAGUCGCUACAUAUAACGCAGAUGAGAGCGAAGAAAUAGAUUUGAAUCAGUUAAGUUAAAAGAGGCCAAAAUGCUCCUUUUGAGUCAGGACAUCAUUUUACAUGUGUUGACGUAGUUUGAUAAUCUGUUGUCAAUAUAAACAUGAUAAUAAUAGUUUUUUACUAAUAGUACAAAUAUAGGUGAUUCCUGCUGCUGUUUAACACGGCUAGAAAGGAAAUCCAAGCAGCCCACUGAGCGGUGAAAAGCGGACAUCCCCUUCUGUCUUCUCCUGUCGUGGAUCAUUUCCACACUAGUGUUUUUCUGCCCAAUGUGAGCCAGCAGAACAUUAGACAAAGCAUGUGUGAGAUAAAACCCAGACCCCGAGGAGCCAGUCCAGGUAUAUACAGCUCAAACAAGUGCCAACAUGUACUAGCAAGGAAGUCUGGGGUGAUGAUUAACUGCUUGAGGAUGAUGCGAUGGUUUGUCACUUUAUCAUAUAACGAUAUUCCACCCUCAUGCAAUCAGAUUACGAGUAAAGAUUUGAAUCAAUAUCCCUGUAGGGUCUUGCCUCUUUGACACUAACCAUGACUGUAUAGGUCUCUAAAAACCUGAGACCUUGAAGAUAA